AUGGCGUCGAAAGAGAACAAGCAAAGCACCAAGGUGCUCGAAGAGCUCUUUACCAAGCUCUCUGUCUCCAAGACGGCCGACGAGUCCAAGGCCACCCAACUCGAAAUUGCCACCUUCAUCAAUGGCGAUAUCCAGGACCUCGAUGCGCCUACUAAGGCCAUCGAGAGCCUGAAGAAGAUGUUGACCAACAAGAAGGACGCMAAUGCCCGACAGAACGGCUGCGAGGCAAUCGCCGCCAUUGCACAGCACGCCGCCGUCUCACCGUCAGUCGAGCCAUACCUCGUGCAGCUCCUCCCUGCAGUGCUGUCCGCCGUCGGCGACAAGAUGGCGCCCGUCAAGGUUGCCGCGCAGAACGCUGCUCUGGCCAUCACCAAGGCCGUUAAUGCCAACGCCGUCAAGCUGCUCAUUCCGUGCUUCGUCGAGUCGAUCCGCAACGCCCAGAAGUGGCCCGAAAAGAUGWCCGAUCUCGAGUGUAUCGAGGCACUUACCGAGAGCGCGCCCGCGCAGACUGCCCUCCGUGUCCCCGAACUCAUUCCUAUCGUCUCCGAGGCUAUGUGGGACACCAAGCCCGAGGUCAAGAAAAAGRCAUACGGUACCAUGGAGAAGGUGUGCGCGCUCAUUGUGAACAAGGAUAUCGAGCGCUUCAUCCCCGAGCUCAUCAAGUGUGUGGCCAAGCCAGAGCACGUCCCCGAGACCAUUCAUCUGCUCGGUGCCACUACCUUCGUCACUGAUGUGCACGAGCCAACCCUCGCCAUCAUGGUGCCGCUGCUCGAGCGUGGUCUUAAGGAGCGUGAGACCGCCAUCAAGCGUAAGACUGCUGUCAUCAUCGACAACAUGUGCAAGCUUGUCGAAGACCCCAACAUUGUGGCCGCAUUCUUGCCAAAGCUUAUGCCUCAACUCCACCAGAACCAUGACAACAUGGCCGAUCCCGAGGCUCGUGAGAAGACCAAGCAGKGUCUCGACACCCUCAUCCGUGUUGGUAACGUCAAAGACGGCAAGAUCCCAGAGGUCUCGCUUGUUGGCGAUGUCUCCACUGUUCUUGCCAAGCUCAAGGACAUUCUCUCCGAGGACCAGAAGCACGCACUCGAGCCCAAGUACGAGCCUGUGCUUUCUUACGUUUCCGCCAUCGCUGGUCAGCUCAUCGAUGAGAAGGACAAGGAGGCUACCACCUGGAACCUCGCUAUUGUUGGAUAUCUCAACGUCAUCGUCGCCGACCAGGCGCAGGGAAUUGUCGAGGCUCUCCGCAAGCGCGCCUCUCCCCUGGCAUCCGAGGAGGACGAGGUCGAGCCUGAUGAGGAGGAGGGCGAGGACCUCUGCAACUGCACUUUCAACUUGGCAUACGGUGCCAAGAUCUUGCUCAACCAGACUCACCUGCGUCUCAAGCGUGGCCAGCGCUAUGGUCUCCUUGGACCCAACGGUUCUGGAAAGACUACUCUGAUGCGCGCCAUCAACAACGAGCAGGUCGAGGGUUUCCCCAAGCAGAACGAGGUCAAGACUGUGUACGUUGAGCACGAUUUGGACUCUGACGAUACUGAGAUGACUGUGAUCGACUGGACUAUGAUGAAGCUUAAGAAGGCAGGCCUCGAGCUUACCGAGGAUGAGGUCCGCAAGACCAUGGACGAGUUUGGCUUCAUCCCCGAGCAGGUCAACGGUCUGAUCACAUCACUGUCCGGUGGCUGGAAGAUGAAGCUCGCUUUGGCGCGUGCUGUCUUCGAGAAGCCUGAUAUUCUCCUUCUCGACGAGCCUACCAACCAUUUGGACGUGAAGAACGUCAAGUGGCUCGAAGACUACCUGACCAGCUCGCCAUGCACAUCUAUCAUCAUUUCCCACGACAGCAAGUUCCUCGACAACGUCGUCCAGCACGUCAUCCACUACGAGCGCUUCAAGCUGAAGCGUUACCGCGGCAGAAUGAGCGAGUUUGUCAAGCGUGUUCCAUCCGCGAAGUCAUACUACGAGCUCGGUGCCUCUGAGAUGGAGUUCCGCUUCCCGGAGCCCGGUUUCUUGGAGGGUGUCAAGACCAAGGCCAAGGCCAUCGUUCGUGUCAGCAACAUGACUUUCCAGUACCCCGGCAGCGCCCGCCCACAGAUCCAGGACAUCAACUUCCAGUGCUCGCUUGGGUCCCGUAUCGCUGUCAUUGGCCCCAACGGUGCCGGCAAGUCUACUCUUGUCAACGUCCUGACCGGUGAGCUCAUCCCAACCAAGGGUGAUGUCUACCAGCACGAGAACAUUCGUAUUGCAUACAUCAAGCAGCAUGCAUUCGCACAUAUCGAUCACCACCUUGACAAGACUCCAUCUGAGUACAUUCAGUGGCGAUUCCAGACUGGUGAGGAUCGUGAGACCAUGGACCGUGCCAACAAGAUCGUCACCGACGAGGACGAGAAGGCCAUGGACAAGCAGUACAGAAUCGAGGGUACCAUUCGUCGUGUCAUUGGUGUUCACAGCCGAAGAAAGUUCAAGAACUCUUACGAGUACGAGUGUUCGUUUGCGCUUGGUGAGAACAUCGGCAUGAAGAACGAGAAGUGGACACCUAUGAUGACCGCCGACAACGCCUGGAUUCCUCGUACUGAGAUUAUCGCAUCUCACCAGAAGAUGGUGGCUGAUGUCGAUCAGAAGGAAGCUCUUGCCAGCGGUCAAUUCCGUCCUCUGGUUCGUAAGGAGAUUGAAGCCCACUGCGCGUACUUCGGACUGGAUGCCGAGCUUGUCUCUCAUUCCCGCAUGCGUGGUCUUUCUGGUGGCCAGCGUGUCAAGGUCGUUCUCGCCGCCUGCUCAUGGCAGCGUCCUCACUUGGUCGUUCUUGACGAGCCCACCAACUACCUCGACCGUGACUCUCUCGGUGCGCUUUCCAAGGCUCUCAAGUCCUUUGAGGGUGGUGUCAUCAUCAUUACCCACUCGGCCGAGUUCACCAAGAACAUCACUGAAGAAGUUUGGGCUGUCAACGACGGUCGCAUGACUCCAUCUGGUCACAACUGGGUGCAGGGUCAGGGUGCCGGCCCUCGUCUGAAGGGUGAGGAGGAAGAAGAGGAGAAGUUCGACGCCAUGGGUAACAAGAUCGAGUCUACCAAGAAGGCCAAGAAGCUCACGUCUGCCGAGCUCCGAAAGAAGAAGAAGGACCGCAUGGCCCGCCGUAAGCGUGGUGAGGAGGUCUUCUCGGAUGAGGACGAUUAG